GCUGUUUGAGAGCUGCACAUGGAUGGGGCGCCGCUUUUGUGAGCGGUGCUGCAGGAAAUGGCUUCAACGUUGACCAUGGAGCAGGCAGAGGCACUCAUCAAGCAGCUCAGAGAGGACCACGAGGCCUUAAGGGCAGAAGUGGCCUCACUGAGGAGCGAAGUUGUUACGCAGCACAGGGCGCCAAGCAAGACCACAAGCAAGACCACAAGUGGCACAGGCAGGCUUGCGCUUGGCUUGCCUCCGGGAUCAAGGCUGUGUGGGAAGGCUGAAGCUAGCUUGUACCAACUGGCGCAGGCAGCCCUGAGGCCUGGAGCAGAUGAGCGCCAAAAAAAGCUGCGCGCAGUGGAGGACAAGCUGAGGGGAGGAGCUUCUCCAGAUUCUUGGGAAGGCCCAGGCACGCCGUUGCUGGCUGCUGUCCAAGCCCGGUCGGCAGACCUGGCGAGUCUUCUGCUGAAAGCAAGAGCGGAUCCUGAGCUGGCAGAUGCGAAAGGACCCCCUUUGCGCGCUGCUGUUCAAACACGUUCCGCGGAUUUGGUUAGCCUCUUGCUGAAGGCACGAGCAGAUCCAGAGCAGGCAGAUGACAAAGGUGUGCGGCUUUUGCACCUGGCUGUGUACAAUGGUCAGGAUGAAGUUUGCCGACAAUUACUCGCUGCAAAGGCUAAUCACAAUGCUACAGACUGCCAUGGGCAGACGCCUAUUUUUUUUGCGCCAACGCGCACGAUCUGUGAGGCCCUUUAUAGGAGCCAUGCUGACAUGAACGUGAUCAGCCUCAAAGGGCAAUCCGCUGUUCAUUUGGCGGCCAAAGCUGGCUUGGGCGACAUAUGUGUCUGGAUGUGUGGCAAAGUGAGUCGUAGCCUGUUGCUUGUGCGCGACGCCGAGGGCUGCCUGGCGUCUGACUAUGCGCGUCAAGCCAAGGUCAGGCAAGAGCACAUUGACAAGUUGGAAGCUGCUGCAACUGCUACUACUACUGCAACUGCUCGAGGAAGCCUAGGCGGUCCCAAUGCUCAGCCCAGAGCAUCGCCUUCGAUAGCGGCUGACGUUGCAAGAACAGACAUCGGUGAGCCGCCAGAAAAGCAAACCGUGCUGGCGCCUGAAACAGUCUUGGGGCUGCAAGCGGACGUACCUUCGGCGGAGAAAGCUUCCAAAGGCAGAAGCUCCACCAGAACUUCUGCGCUUUCGAGAGACGUUCUGCCUGUGAUAGCAGCUGAUGUUGCAAGAGCAGACAACGGAACUCCGGCCGCAGCAAGUGAGCCGACAGAGAAGCAAGACGUGGCGCCUGAAGCAGUCCUGGGGCUGCAGGCAGAUGCACCUUUGGCAGAGAAAACUUCAAAAGGCAGAAGUUCCACCAGAGCUUCUGCUCUUUCGAGAGACGUUCUGCCUGCGAUGGCGGCUAAUGCUACCACGCCAGACGACAAAACUUUGGCGGCAACAAGCCACUCACCAGCAGAUCAGCAAGAAGUGCUGCAGACUCCGCCUGAAGAAGUCUCGGCGCCAGAGGCUCUUCUGCAUCCGCCCCAGCAGCAGGAGGAGGAGCAGCCUGAAGGUGGCUUAACUGACCCGCUAACGGCGGAAGACUGUGUGCCCCUCGAUCUUGGCGAUGAAGAAGCCUUCUGACCACGGGCCUAGCGAAGCUCGGAACUUGCAAGCAGGCUUGACAAGCAG